CAGUUUUUAUAUUUUUGAUUAUAAAUUAUAAAAUACAUUUUUAAUAUGAAAAAAAAAAAAAGAAAAAUUGAGAUUAUUUUUAAUGUUCAAGCAAGAAGGGAAUAUUUGACUGGAUUUCAUAAAAGAAAGCUUGAGCGGCAAAAAAAAGUGGAAGAAUUCAUGAAAAAGCAAGAAAAAGAUAAAAGAUUACGGAUUAGCAAAAAUGUUAAAGAAAAAAUAAAUAUUGAAAUUCAGAAAUAUAUUAAAUCUACUUCUUUGAUAACACAAGGUGACUUUCUAAAUUCAGAAAAUUCUAUCCAGAAUUCUCAAGAUUUUGACGUUUGUGAUGAGAGUAAGAAGAAUAUUAAUAUUUGGCAAAAUAAAUAUGAUGAUCAAAAUUAUACAACUGUUACUAUUACUGAAGAUUUAAAUUAAGGAAAUAGUUGUUUAAUGAUAUAGUGAUAUUUAUG